AUGGAGAUCCGCAGCUUGAGACAUGUUUUCUAUAUUCUUCUUCUCACAACAGGACCAUGUGAGAUGACCAUGAAUACAGAAGCUACAUUGAAAAUGGAUGAAGCCUUACUAACCAUCCAUAAUCAGAUGUCCUAUGGGGUUCAAGUUCUCUACACUUCAGAUUACUGCUAUAAGUGUCUGUACCAACCUUUGGCAAGUAUGGAAGUUGGACCAGGAAAUGUGUCUGUGGUGUUGAGCACACCUUUCACUUUAACUCUGAAAGCCUCCCCGGUGAAUGCCACUAACACUUUGUGCAGUCAUUCCAGCUUAAACUAUCAAUUUGAAGAGGCAGGACAUUAUUCUCUUUGGGUCACACCUGGAGAUGCACUUACCGGUAGUGUAACCUGCUAUAUUUCUCUGGAUAAGUUUCCACAUAGCACCUAUCAACCUUUGUGGGUAGCUGCUUUUGUUCUAGUCAUUUUGGCCUUUAUUUGGGCCUCUAUACCUUUUCUGUCCAGAUGUAGCUGCACAUUAAGGCUCAAAAAUCUCCUUUGCUGCUGCAGGGCUAAAUACUCUACGGAUAGGGAAGAAGCCACAAAUCAAGCCAGCAUGGACCAAAGCCAACCAAAGUCAUCCCGUUUAAAAUCAUUAGACACAUUUCGAGGCUUCUCUAUAACCCUUAUGGUGUUUGUGAACUAUGGAGGUGGAAGAUACUGGUUCUUUCAGCAUGCACCAUGGAAUGGCCUUACCAUAGCUGAUCUUGUGAUGCCCUGGUUUGUAUUCAUCAUAGGAACAUCUGUAAUGUUAGCAUUUAGCUCCAUGCGAAGAAAAGGUGUGACAAGACUCCAACUUUUGCGCAAGCUGAGCUGGAGAACAGUGGUGCUGAUGCUUAUUGGGUUCUGUUUCAUUAACUACAGCCCCAGAGAUGGUUUAUUGUCAUGGUCCUGGCUACGGAUACCUGGAGUGCUUCAGCGUCUGGCUUUCACCUACUUCAUCCUGUCACUGAUGCAGACAUUCUCUCCCUAUCAAGAGAUCCCACUAAGUCAGGUCCGCUGGUGGAGCCCUGUCCAGGAUGUGGUGCUCUACUGGCCUGAGUGGAUUUUCAUUUUGGUGCUGGAGACAGUGUGGCUGUGUGUCACAUUCCUGUUGCCUGUGCCCAACUGCCCCACUGGGUAUUUAGGAGCUGGAGGUAUAGGAGAUAAUGGUCUAUACCCAAACUGCACAGGCGGGGCUGCUGCAUAUAUAGAUAGAUGGUUAUUAGGAAACAAUAUCUACUGGCAUCCAACAUGUAAGGCUAUGUAUCACACAACUCAGCCUUUUGACCCAGAAGGAGUCCUAGGUACUAUUAAUUCUAUUGUCAUGGGAUUCUUUGGGAUGCAGGCAGGAAAGAUUUUCCUCUUCUACCGCAAACUCAACAGCAAGAUUAUCAUACGAUUCACAAUCUGGGCUGUCAUCCUGGGAAUCUUGACGGCCAUCCUUUCUAAGUGCACACGAGACUCUGGAUUUAUACCUGUCAAUAAAAACCUUUGGUCUCUAUCCUAUGUGACCUGCAUGGGCUCCAUGUCCUUUGUAUUGCUGGGUAUGAUGUAUUUUGUUGUGGACAUCAAGGAAUGGUGGGGUGGCCAACCUUUCAUUUAUCCUGGAAUGAACUCCAUCUUAGUGUAUGUGGGCCAUUCUCUGCUGGGCUUUUACUUUCCUUUCAGCUGGGAGAUGCGCUACCAGGACAGUCACUGGGAACCACUGUUCCAGAGCCUGUGGGGAACUGCACUCUGGAUCUUUAUCACCUAUCUGCUCUACCGCAAACAAUUUUUCCUCAAAAUCUAAGUCUGUAUUUUAUUUGAUUGUGAAUAGCAAGCAUUUAAAUUGGAUGGAUGACCCAACUUCCACAU